AUGACACAAACUGCUGACCCAGCCAAGAGGCCAUUUUCUCUUGGUGGCGCUGUGUUCUUGAGGGGGAGAACGGGCAGCGGGAGGGCCCGCCGCCGGCUCCUGGGGACGGGGGGGUCCGAGCCCUGGGGACGGGGGGGUCCGAGCCCUGGGGACGGGGGGGUCCGAGCCCGCGGAGCGGAGGCGGCCGGCUGGGGCACUCGGCGGGGAGGCUCGGGGAGGCCGGCGGGGCGCUCCGGGCGAGGUGCGCGUUCACCGCCGGACCUGCGGGCACCUCGGGGCCGAGCACUGUUGGCCGCUCAGGCGGGCCGGCCGCCCACAGCCCGGGAAGGCAGAACCGCCGCCCCUCGCCCCAGCUCCCCGGGCCCGCUGGGGACCGCCGGUCCGCCCCAGGCCCGCCGCGCUGCGGGGCUCCGGGAGCGCCGCCUAUCCCCGCGCCCCGGGGGCCGGUCGGUGCCGGCACGGCCCCUGCCGCGGGAGGGGAGCGCCGGCUGCGCGGCGUUACCUUCCCAAGUCACGUCGUACAUCUCCGACACCUUCGCCAUCUUGGCACCGCCCCGUGACGCGCGCGCUGACGGGCCCGGCCGUCAUUGGCGGGAGGCGGGAGCGGGGCCGGCCCUGAGUCCCCUCUGCUCCCGCCCGUGGCGUCGCGGCCGGGAAGAGCCUCGUCCCAUGGGACGGGAGCCUCCGAAGGGCUGGAGCUGGCGGGGCCGGAGCACCAGGCAGCCGGCGCCUGCCCCGCCGGGGCUCGGGGCUGUGCCGGUCUGUGUUCACUCCGGGGCCUCGCCGACGGGGCACCUGCACGAUCCCCGGUCCUGUCCCGCCCGCAGGCCGAGGGGCCUUGCCGGGGUUAAAACCUCUGAGCCCAAGCUGAGGGCUGCAGAUUUAGGCAAUUCCCCAGUUAUUCUGGAUUCCUUCCCGAGACGUGCAGCCCUCCACCUGCACUGUAAGACGAGACCGGGUCCUGAAGUUAUGCACUGUAAGUGUUGCCUCCUGCCUUUCUUGGACAUAGUCUCGAACGACUUGCCUAAAAUCACAUACACUGUGUUCUGCCGAGCUCAAGGCUGACCCUUCCACUGCAUACCUCUGCUCUUACUGUGGAGUAGAAAACCAUCCACACUCACCAAGAGAUGGGAAUUAUUGUUACAAUAUCCCCUUAUGCCAGAUACUGUUAUAGUUGGAAACAGAAAUGUUUUUGGUAUUAAGCUUUUUCUUCUUGGAAACUAAAACAGUGGUUUUUAAAGCUGUUUUCUUAUGCCAAGGAGCUUCAUCAUUUAAUUCAAAGUUUAAAGUGUUUUGUUAAUAAAGCUUAAAAUGCUCUAAAAAGGGAAUAGUCAUGUGAAAUCUCUUUUCUGGAUCUGUCAUUUUCUGCUCUUGUGCCACUUCUGCAGGAACUAAGUGGAAAGGCAAUGAUCCCAAUCUCACAUAUUAAGUUGUAAAUGCACAGGUUUUUUGAGGGGAUUAUUUAAAAGUGCAGAAAAGUCACCACCUACUUUUUGUGGGUACCACAGCUAGUUCUACAGAUUACCAAAUGAAAAUGAAAAAAAAAAUAUUUUUGGUGUGCUAUUAAAAAAACCUUUCUCUUUUAUUAUGAAACCAGUGAGUCAGUUCAGUAAUAAUCCCAUCAGAAUUAUGGUUCAGAAAAGUGAUACCAGCCAAGGAAAAAAAAGCAUAGUAAUUUAACUCGCAGUUUACCAGUAAAGCAAAACAUGGAAGUCUGUGUCCUGUGCAUGAGAUAUGGGGCAUAUGGAGACAUUUGGGCUCAUCACCUACUAAAUAGGAUCUAGGAUCUAUUUUAGUUCAGUAAUGGGGGUGGUGGUGUUAGUUUACUAAUGUAUCGGUGGUGGCAUCCUUUUAGUAGGUAGGACACAGGAGAAAAUAACUCCAGGAUAGUCACAGCACAAGGAAGAAUGUACAUGUGUAGGAUCUGUGUAUGUUGUGAAUGAA